GGGGGACCGGGUUAGGACGGUCCGAUCUCGGCCCCGCGUCGUUUCCGCUCGCGCCUUCUUCACACGUCAGAUCCACGAGCGGGAGCGAGCGCGGGAGCGAGCGAGCGAGCGCGCGCGCGGACCAGCAGCGUUUCGUGCACUGAUGGAGAAGAGUCGCCGUCGUUGUACAUCUGACGCGAUGAAGACGAGAGAGAUGAAGAUUAUGAACCAGGGUCUGGAGGAUGAGAUGGAGGUGUGGGGCUACCGGCCGUGUCUGUGGAAGAGGAUCCUGGUGGGGGUCGGGUCUGUGUGCUCUGGGGGUCUCCUGCUGCUUCUGCUCUACUGGCUGCCCGAGUGGGGUGUGAAGGGCACCUGCACACACACUCGCUGAGGGACGCACACACACUGCUGCUCAAGAACCACGGUAGGAAGUCGCCCGAAUUUAUUUUAUAUCAUUUUUUUUUCACACAAUCGUUUUUCUCUGUAAGUUGUU